AUGGACCUCUACCGGCAAACAAACACCCUCACCAAUAAGACGCUCAAAAUCAUCCUCACACGCCACUUCACCACGACGCUGUACAGCGCCCUCAUCCUGCCCGUCGUCGCCUCCGUCUACCUUGGUCUGGGUCGACAGUUCAACCAACCUAAUUCGAAAUUUGGCUUCGGCGACCUACAGGAUAUCCGAUCUCUUGGAGAUGCCCUUGGAAACGCCGAAGGCGGACGAAACACGGUUGCCCUAGUCAACAACGGCCACGCGGGCGGCGAGAUUGAGCGUGUCAUAUCCUCGGUCGCGGAAAUAGUCACGGGCGCUGGGAAGAACGCGAGCAGACUCGAGUCAGAAGACGAGCUCGGCUAUGUCUGCCGCAGCUCCAUUCGUGGGACGUCUAAAUGCUUCGGCGCUGUUGUCUUUCACUCGUCCCCUGACGAAGGCAAUGGCGGUAUCUGGAAUUACACCCUUCGCGCAGACGGUGGCCUAGGCCUCGACUUCAAGGUAGACUCGGACGACAAUGACGCCCAGCUCUAUGCUCUACCGCUGCAGCAAGCGAUCGACCGCUCCAUCGCAGGAGACUCAUUCCCCUCAAAGACACAACAAUUUCCGUACACGGCCGAUACUGAAGAUGAACGCGAGGCGAAGCUUCGUCGCGACUACCAAUCAUCCUUCAUCAACUAUCUGAGCGUUGCUUUUCUCAUUGCUCUGAUCGGUGUCUGCUACCAUAUGCCUGGCCUAAUAGCCACGGAACGCGAGAAGGGUCUAUCCCAGCUCAUCGAUGCCAUGAUGCCCGCCACCCGUGGCUGGCAUCGUCAGUUUGCCCGCCUCAUCUCUCACCACAACGCCUUCAUGGUCACGUACAUGCCCGGUUGGAUUAUUGCAGCCGUCAUCUGCCGCAUCAUGAUCUGGAAGGAAACAAACUUUGGCGUUCUCAUCGUCUUUUUCUUGCUGAGUGGCAUUGCCAUCACCUCAAUGUCCCUGCUAGGCGCGUCAUUCUUUCGGAAGGCACAGCUCUCAGGAGUUGUUACCGCAGUCGUCUGGAUUGUGCUGGGCAUCAUUGCCCAGGCACUGACAAACCCUGGAACUGGGCCCGUUGUCGUUCUCAGUUUGCUGUUCACCCCAUGCACCUUUGUCUUCUUCAUCACGUACGUCGCCCGAUACGAGCAAGUCGGCAGGGCUACCAACCUACUCAACGCGCCUCCCGAGAGCCCGUGGAAUUUACCUGGAAUCGUCCUCUGGGUUUUCCUCGGGGUGCAUAUCUUUGCGUAUCCAGUACUCGCAGCCUACCUUGAACGAACAUUUCACGGCGUCACGACUGGCGUUCGCAGCUCCGGCCCGUCUAAAGCAGGCCAAUCUGGCGCUUCGGCGCCCGAUGUUGUUCGUGUCGAGAACAUGACCAAGAUAUAUCAACCCAGUUUCCUUCGUCGGCUGUUUUCGUUUGUCUCGCCUCCACGCCCCAAAGUCGUUGCUGUCGACAACCUCACUCUGACGGCCAAGAAGGGUCAGAUUUUAGCACUUCUUGGUGCCAACGGCAGCGGCAAAAGCACCACGUUGGACAUUAUCGCCGGCAUCAGCAACUUUACUAGUGGCAAUGUCUCCAUCGAUGCAAGUGGCGGCCUAGGAAUCGCGCCACAGAAGAAUGUUCUUUGGGACGAGCUCACUGUCGAAGAGCACAUCACUUUGUUCAACCAGCUCAAAUCACCCCAUAAACACGCAACUCGAGAGGAAACAAUGGCACUUAUCGAUGCUAUUGGCCUGCGGCAAAAGGCCAAAUCCCCGUCUAAAACACUCUCCGGCGGACAGAAGCGCAAACUUCAGCUCGGAAUGAUGCUCACAGGCGGCAGCGCUGUCUGCUGUGUAGACGAGGUAUCUUCGGGCAUCGACCCUCUCUCACGACGCAAAAUUUGGGACAUUUUGCUUUCGGAACGCGGCAGCCGUACAAUCAUCAUGACUACACACUUCCUUGAUGAAGCAGACUUACUUGCAGACAAUAUCGCCAUACUUUCCAAGGGAAAACUACGAGCCGGGGGCUCAUCGGCACAGCUCAAGGAUACUUUCGGCGCGGGCUACCGUGUCCACGUCCUCAAUUCACGCAAGAUUCAACAUGCACCCCAAGUGGUGGGUGUAGAUUGCAAAAUGGAAGCAAACACUAUGACCUACGUUGCUCCAACGUCAGCUCUGGCGGCAGAGGUAAUUCGAGUACUCGAAGCGGAGAACAUCCCGUACAGAUUUUCUGGCCCCACGAUCGAAGACGUUUUCCUCAAUUUGGCCGAAGAGGUAAGAGACGAGGCAGCGUAUGGUGGCUCGGCUCAGAAUGCUGGACGACCACCUCUCGCAAAGGAAAAGUCGCCUUUCGGCUCGGAGGACACCGUACUGCCGAAUGGUGGCUCCAAGGGAGCCGCUCAAGGCCUCCUUCCUGGCCGUACUAUCGGCUGGGCUAAACAAAUCAUGGUCUUCCUUCGCAAGCGACUCGUCAUCUUCAAGACAAACUGGAUUCCGUACGUCGCAGCCUUUUUGAUCCCCAUCAUCGCUGCGGCCAUUACACAGAUCCUCGUCAGAAACGAAGGGGCAGUGGGAUGUCUUCCGAGCGAACAAAGCAGCCAGGACUCGAACGACGACUUUGAAGAGCUUGUGAACACGGCCAUGAUUGUUGGUGGGCCGUCGUCCAAGUUUGAUAGCUCGAGCGUUCUCAAUCUUCUCAAGCCAUUGCUACCUGGCGGCUCUGGGUCAGGCAAUGGAAACGGCGAAACCUCUGUCGGCAACGUCACAGUCAAACUGGUCGACUCUUUGGACGGCUUCAAGUCCUUCAUCGAGGACAACCGCAAGAAUGUGACGCCAGGCGGCUGGUUCCUGGGUGGCUCUGGAGCCCUUCCAACCGUCGCAUACAAGGCCGACAAGUACUCGAUGCUCACCGCGGUUAUAACCCAGAACUUGAUGAACAGCAUGCUCGCCAACAAGACCAUCGCUACCACGUACUCCAUCUUCGACUCCCCGGUGGCACCCGGAACAGGCAAGGCUCUUCAGGUCGUCGUGUACUUUGCCCUCGCUUGUUCCAUCUACCCCGGUCUUUUUGGGCUGUAUCCCAACAUCGAACGUCGCAUGAACGUCAGGGGGCUGCAAUACUCAAGUGGUGCACGCACACUACCAACGUGGGCAGCCCAUCUCAUCUUUGACUUUUCCAUCAUUCUCGUCUCCAUGGCUCUGGUAACCGUCAUAUUUGCCGCUUCAUCGGACAUUUGGUACAACAUUGGCUAUCUUUUCCCCGUGCUGAUGUUGUACGGGAUGGUUUCGAUUCUCGUGGCCUACUUCUUCUCCCUCUUCUUGGGAAGCUCUCUCGCCACAUACGCCGCCACAUCGGUACUGCAAGGUCUCGGUUUCGCUGUCUAUAUGAUCGCUUUCCUUUACAUUCUCACCUUUUCCUCGGCCGCAGAUGCAGACCGUAACAUUCUUAUCGGACAUUGGGUCAUAUCGGCCAUAUUUCCCACCGGCUCCCUUGUGCGAGCCUUCUUCGUUGCCCUCAAUACUUUUUCGGCCUCGUGUGACGGCGACAAGCUCAGAGCAUAUCCCGGCGCUAUCACCGCAUUUGGUGGCCCGAUUCUUUACCUCUCGUUGCAAGCCAUUAUUCUCUUCAGCCUCGUCGUGUGGUUCGAAAGUGGAAGCGGCAAGUUCAACACAGGGAUGGCUAGGAAGUCGAACGAAGUCGACGACCCGGAAAUUGCGAACGAGGUGGACCGUGUUGACGGUCCUGAGGGGCAAAAGGAUGGCCUCCGCGUUGUCCAUCUAACCAAGGCGUUCGGCAACAACACUGCCGUGGACAAUGUCACUUUUGGCGUUGAACACGGCGAGGUCUUUGCGCUUCUGGGCCCCAACGGCGCGGGCAAGUCCACCACCAUUUCGCUCAUCCGCGGCGACCUCGCAACCAGCAAGAGGGGCGGCGACGUCUUCGUCGAGAAUGCUUCAGUCUCUAAGAACCGGCCGCUCGCCCGGCAGAACCUUGGUGUCUGCCCCCAGUUCGACGCCAUCGACUCCAUGACUGUGACCGAGCACCUAGAGCACUUCGCACGCAUCAGGGGCAUCGCCGACGUGAAGCAUCAGGUCGACGCCGUGGUUCGUGCUGUCGGCUUGGGCGCCUACACAAAUGUCAUGGCCCACACACUCUCUGGCGGCAAUAAGCGCAAGCUAUCUCUCGCGAUCGCGCUCACUGGCAACCCAUCCGUGAUCCUACUAGACGAGCCGUCAUCAGGUUUAGACGCUGCCGCAAAACGCAUCAUGUGGCGAACGCUCGAGACUAUUAUCCCCGGCCGAUCCAUCCUGCUUACGACCCAUAGCAUGGAAGAGGCCGAUGCACUGGCGAACCGAGCUGGCAUCAUGGCUCGGAGGAUGCUUGCACUGGGUGCAACCGACUCUCUCCGUCACCGCUUUGGCGAUACCCUUCACGUCCAUCUCGUGAGUAAGACGGCACCCCACUCGACACCUGAAGAGAUGGAUCGUGUGCGGACGUGGAUCCUGGGCACCUUCCGGGGCGCCGAGGUUGAGCAGGAGACGUUCCACGGACAAAUGCGCUUCUCGAUUCCGACGGAAUCGGUCAGGGAAUUGCAGAAACGGAAGGGUGGCCGCCCAGGCGCAGAUGCCGAGGACACCGGCAGUGCCAUUGGACAGCUUCUGAUCGUCCUUGAGGAGAACAAGGACGCCCUGGGUAUCGCUCAUCAUAGCGUCAGCCCCACCACCCUCAACGAAGUGUUUUUGACUAUUGUUGGCCAGCACGACGUGAUGGAAGAAGGAUACAGACGGGAGGAAGUACACAAGAAGCCGUGGUGGAAGAAGAAUAUCUGGGAGUUUUUCUGA